UUUACUAGCUGAAAUGGACAUCUUUCUAAAAGUUGGGCUUAUAGUGUGUGCCCUUAGCGUUAAUAUAGAAACAUUCAGAAUAGAUUCGCACCAAUUCAACACUUAUGAUAUUGUAGAAAUUGUGGAGUGCGUUAGUUCGGGUGUAAACAUUUGGGAACAGCUGCCUCAUGAGUACAACUGCCAGUGGUUUAUUUCCUGUAUGAAUGGCGUUGGCAUCAUAAGGCAAUGCCCAGACGGCUUCUACUUUGAUCCAGAUUUGCAUCAUUGUGAUUUACCGGGAAAUGUCAAUUGCGAGAGCAUCACGCCAACAACGGAACCAGAAUUGUCGACAACUGAGAGUACUGGCGAAGAGAAUUCUACAACGGGAGAGAUUACGACUGAAGAAACUUCUACCGAAUCAACCACAACAGGUGAAGAGGAAACCACAGAAGUGACUGCCUCUACUGGAACGGAUGGCAGUACAACUCCAGAUGUUUCUUCUGAAGUAACUGAGCCCACUGUAACAGAAGAAAUAGUUACAUCUGAUGCUCCUACGGAAGUAACAACGAAUGAACAGGAAACCACAGACGGGACUGAGACCACUGUAACGAACGAAAGUUCAACAACAGAUGCUUCCUCUGAAGUAACUGAGCCCACUGUAACAGAAGAAAUUGCUACAUCUGAUGCUCCUACUGAAGUAACAACGAAUGAACAGGAAACCACAGACGGGACUGAGUCCACUGUAACGAACGGUAGUACAACAUCGGAUGCUUCUUCGGAAGUAACUGAGUCCACUGUAACAGACGAAAUUAUAACGGAAGAUGCUACAGAGGAAAUUGUUACAUCUGAUGCUCCUACUGAAGUAACAACGAAUGAAAGUUCAACAACAGAUGCUUCUUCUGAAGUAACUGAGCCCACUGUAACAGACGAAAUUUUAACAGAAGAAGUACCCACUACAACGGUAGAAACCUCCUUUGAAACUGAAACAGAACAAAUUUCUACAGAAGGGCAACCAACAAAUGAAUCGGAAUCCACAGAUGCUACAGAUACUACUGCUCCGGCUACGGAAGCAUACUGUGAACCUUUAUGUGCUGGUCAAGAAAGUGAAAUAGCAGAUCCUGAACACUGUGACCGAUUUAUUAGCUGCAUAGAUAAAUGCACCGGCGCCACCCUAUUUUGUCCUUCAGGAUUGUAUUUCAACCACCAUUGGUCGGUAUGUGAUUUACCGGAACGGGCUGAGUGCUUGCUGGAAGUUUGCUCCAAUCAAGCGGGUACAUUGAUACCAAGUGUGAAUAAUUGUAGACAUUACUAUGGAUGCACGGAUUCCGAAGCAACACUUCAGUCUUGUGAAGCUGACAUGAUGUUCGAUGCUACAUCAUUGACUUGUGUUCCAGCGGAUGACAGUGGCACAUGUGCGGUUGAUGACAUUCCUGCCGCUCCCCAAGAAGUAUACAUUCUCUGCACGCAAUACGUGGCAGACCAACUUAUUCCGCAUCCCACACGUUGCGACGUAUUUUACCGUUGUGUGAAGGGAAAAUUAUCGCCUCGUAGAUGCCUGGAAGGGUUGCUGUUCGAUUCCUCACUGGGAGCUUGCAAUUUAGAAACAAAUGUUGAAUGUGAUGUUCAAUAAGGAUACAUCUCUAAAUUAAUAAAGCUUUUUUCUUUAUUUUCCCAUA